UCGAAAGCUAUGAGCGCUGCUGGGAGGAGCCCUAUUUCCUCACAACUCUCCCCAGGGAAACAGCACGGGGUCAGACAUCUAGCCCUGCUCAAAUUAGGAACUCACUUUAACCAGUUUCCUGGUCUUCCUUGUUAUUUUGUAGAUACUACAUUUUCUCAGCAUUUAAUAAGAUUCCAACACCUUGCUGUGUACUUUUUGAGAGAUAUAUCUUCCUACACAAAAUAGACAAGUAGACAAGCCCUAUUUCCUGCCUUGUUGAGGAUCUACAAUCUGGGAAUUACUGAAGAAAUCCAGGAAGCCAAACUUAGGAUCUCGACACUGCUGAAGAAAUUUCCAAGAAGGCUUCUCCAUCAUUUUAGAGAUAAUGAAUGACUAUAAGAAAAUUGUUCUUCUAAAAGGAUUACAGGGUAUGGAUGACUACCACUUUAGGAUAAUUAAGUCCUUACUAAAAACCGAACUACACCUGUCUGAAAAAAUGCAAAAUGAUUAUGACAAAAUUAAGAUUGCUGACCUGAUGGAGGAGACAUUCCCAAAAGAUGCUGGACUCAACAAACUGAUAGAAAUUUGUCAAGAUAUUAAAGAUCUUAAAUGUCUUGUUGAAAAUCUUAAAGAAGAGAAGGCAAAAGUAAAAGGAAAAAAACCCAUGGGCAAAAAGAGGCAAAAAGCAGAUUCUGCUGUACCUACAUCGACUACAAGCAACACUUUAGCAUCUGGUGAUGGAGGGGAGACAUCCACAGCUCAGAAAAGAAAAAGUAUAAAUGAAGAGAAGCCUGAAGUGAAAAAGACCAAAAAGUCUAAGGGGUCAGAUUGCCCUGACUCUCCUGGAGAAGCCACAGUCGGAUGCCAGACCCCAGGACCCCAGAUCUCAUCUUCGACUUCAUCAAACCCUUCUUUGGCUAAGAACCAAAAGACACAGACCCCAAGCCAGAGCACUACCAGAGGAGCUGUUGGCCAAAAUGAGGCCAUGACCGUGAUGGUGCUCAAUGCAGCGGAGCCAUUUGAAUAUGAGUCAACAGAACCUGGAGGAAAGAUGUUUCAUGCUACAGUGGCCACUGUGAACGAGUAUUUCCAUGUGAAAGUUUUCAACAUCAACCUGAAAGAGAAGUUCACAAAAGGGAAUGUCAUCAUAAUCUCCAAUUAUGUCAAGUUCAGAGGAAUCAUAGAGAUAAAGGCAGACUCCUAUGUGAUUAAAGCUGAACCCAAUGAGAAGAUUGAAGUUCCCAAGAAGCUAAUCAGUAGAGCAAAUGAAACUCCCAUGAUUUCUGAUAUUCACAAGAGUGUAGGUGGAGCACUGUUUUAUGGGUUGUUUACAUUACACAAGAAAAAGGUGAACCCAAAGAACACAAUCUAUGAAAUAAAGGACGAUACAGGAAAUAUAGAAGUUGUAGGGAGUGGGAAAUGCUACAACGUCAGCUGUGAAGUAGGAGACAAACUGCGACUCUUCUGCUUUCAACUGAAAACAAUUGACAAGCAACUGAAGCUGGUGUCCGGAGAUCACAGUUUCAUUAAGGUCACCAAGGCUGGAAAAAAGAAAAUAUCUGCUCUCCAUCCUAACCUGAAAGAUGAAGAAGCAAGUGGCUACCCACAAAAUUAAUUUAGUGCUUUUAACAGGGAAGCUUUUAAAAUAGAGACACCAAGCAACUGGAAAUAAGCAACAGCUUUAGUAGUACAUUCAAGCGUUUAAACAUCUUGUUACCUGAUUUAUGAUUAUGUAUUUUUUAUAAAACUCCUUACUCUGAUUUUUUAUGAAAAUAACACUUGAAUUUAAUUUUUCUAGUGUAGAAGUAAUAAAAAUUUCUUUUGAAAAGGAUGCAGUCGUUCAGUCAAAGCAGCCACCUAUAGUAUGGGGAAAGAUUUUUACCGACUGCACUUCUGAGAGAGGGCUAAUAUCCAAUAUAUAUAAAGAACUCAAAAAUCUAAAUAAUCCAGAAAACAAGCAACCCAACUGAAAAUUAAAGAUCUAAGCAGAGAAUUCUCAAAAGAGAAACCUCAAAUGGCUGGGAAACACUUAAAGAAAUGUUCAGCAUCCUUAGUCACCAGGGAAUACAAAUCAAACUAUUUUGAGAUUCAUCUUAAACCUGUCUGAACAGCUAAGAUCAGUAAAACAGGUGGCAGCUCACGCUGGUGAGGAUGUGGAGUAAGGGAACAGCCAUCCAUUGCUGGUGGAGUGCAAACUCGUGCAACUUAUUUUAGUCUCCUUUAAACACUUUAAAUGCAAUUCACAUUUCUUGCUAUUUUUGUUUAGGAAGUCUUUUCCAGAUUCAAAACCAUAAGAUUGUAUCCUUUGCUGUUUUUAGAAAGUAGUAGUUUAGUUCUUUCCCUUUUAGCCUAUUAUCUGAUUUUUCCAUACUUUAAAAUGGCACAUGCCUUUAAUCUCAGCACUUGUGAGGCAGAGGCGGGAAGAUCUUUGUAAGUUCACGACCAGCCUGGUCUAUAAGAGCUAGUUCCAGGACAGGCUCCAAAGCUACAGAAAAACCCUGUCUCGAAAAGAAAGAAAGAAAGAAAAAGAUGUGAAAUGGGAUUUAAUUUGAGUAUGGAAUUUGUCCCAUUGAAGUUCUUAUUAUUGGUAAAAUAUGCUUGAAUAAACCUCCUUUCUCCAUUUAUUUGCUUCUUAUUUUUUCCAAAAGCAGCUUUCUAGAUUCUUUACUGUAUUUGACUAGCAUUUCCUCUGUAUUUUAAAUGUAAAACUACACUGAAAAUUGAUUUUCUUUACAAUAUUGUAAUUUUAAUACAAAAUAUUAUAGUUUUCAGUAUUUCUAGGUAUAAAACUCAACAUAUAAUAUCUGACAACCCUUAUCUUACAAACACACAGGUAAUAAUUGUUAAAAAUCAGUAUCUCACAUAAUCUAAGUACAAUAAACUAAAAUAUAUUUAGAAAUAGCAUUUUAAAUUUUGAUCAAUUUUACCUCUUCCUACUUCUUCAGUUUCUCUGCUAUCUGUACCUAUCCCAUACCCAGCUUUCUUGAUUUAAGGAGUAAUUUCUGUCUAAUUAAUGCAUCUAUAUAUUCUUGGCUAUUGUCACACACUGGAGUAUAUUCCAUCUACCAGUAGUGACAUCCUGAUGAAAAUAGUUCUCUUUCUUUGCUAAGCAUAAUAUUUUGUGUUAAUCCUUUUUCUCCAAUGCAGGACUUUUGUCUGGCUUGAGUUACACAUGUCUCGUGCAUGCUCUCAGGACCACUGGAUGAUCAUAAGUACAUCUCUGUUACAUAUUUAAAACUGUUUCUUAUACUCAACCCUCCACUUUUGUUCCUACACUCUUCUAGUCUCUAAGAAGCAUGUAGGCACUUGUGCACACAGACAAGCACAGGGAAUCUGGGAAUAUCAAACCUGCAGUGUUGUCUCUUCAAAGGAAGAGAUGUGUAACUUAUUUUCUGCCCAGAAGCCUGGGAACGGAUAUGGUUAAUAUUCUGGUGACACCAGUUCACCCAGAUUCUUAUGUUUAUUUAUAGCAUUAACCCCCCCUGAAAUCCUUAUGAUGAGCAUUGUUUACCUUAAGCCUGCUUCCUUAGUAAAUCUAUAGAACCUAUCUUUUUGGAAGAUGUCACUUGAACUUGAACAGAGAUUCAAUACAAUCAUGUCUUAAGCUUUGUUGUGCAUACGUGAUUAAACUAAUUAUUACUAGGAAAUUUUCUCCCAAUUGUGCUCUGCUUAAUAUGCCUGAAGCAAAUUACUUGAUGUCAGGCUCUAAAUUUGAAACAACACAGGCCACUGAGUCUUAUUGAACACAACCCACUUCUGCCUCUCCUGGAUCAACACUCUACUGACCAUGGUGUUUGCAGUGAUCCCUCACACCAGCCUGAUCUUCUACAAUGACCCCUGUCAUGUGGGAAGAUGGUCUGCAUUACAGAUGUUCUAUUGAGGGCUUAGCAUUGCACA